AUGCAUCUGAGAACUUUCGUAGCCCAUGUUGGCUGCCUAACGAAGGAAAAAUUAAGUGAGACAUUAUUAUGUUAUAUGAACUUUUAUAAUUUAAGAUCGUCUGUUCUGACUAAUUCUGCAUCUAAAAUGUCUGAAAAUACUAAAGAUUCUCCUCACUCACUGAGUAUUUUAACAUUUGGUACGCAACCUACAAUAGCAAAAUCAGUUAGUGAUGAAUUACGAUUAAAAGGUAUUGAUGCUAAAGGAAUUGUUGUAAUUAAUUCAUCUGAUGGUGAUAAAGAAAUUGCUCAGGUAGUUAAAGAAAAAAAUUGGGAUGGUUUAUUAAUCGGUGGUGGUGUACGAAGCAAUCCAGAAUGGCUUGAUCGUAUUGUCAAAAUUGUAAAUGACAGCAAUCCAAAUGUUAAAAUCAUCGAUCAUAAUGGUCCGAAAGAUGUAGAAAAUGCAAUUGAAAGACAUUUUAAUAUAAAAUUGCCAUUAUCAACAUAA